UGGAAGCUUGAGCAGCACUUUGACAGAGAGCAGGAGUGUAGAUACAUGAUCAUAUGAGAGCACUUUUAUUUAUAAGCAUAAUUCUUCAAAUUAAAUAGAGCUCAGAAUGGUCCGAGGAGUAUUUGGGGGAUUAUUUAAUGUAACACUGGUCUUCCUCCUGCUGUACUCCGUCACAGGCUUGCUGCUGAUGGAUCACCGCAGAGAUGCAGAAGAUCACCAGGAGCUCAACAAAGCCAUUUUGGAAAUGUUACAUAUCAACAAAGUGUCUGCGAGACAUCAGGCUAAGCCACAUCCGUACAUGAGGAGGAUCUAUCAGCGUUUGGACUCGCUGGAGGCUCAAGACUUUGGCACUUCAGAUGGAACGCUGGUGCAGAGUUAUCGGAGUGUUGCUGGUCUACAUCACUCUCCUCCAGGAUGGAUCUGGUUUAACGUCAGCAGCCUGAACCCCUCCAUGCUGGGUGCAGAGCUGGUUCUGUUCAGAAAAACCCUCCACCCUCGUUCCAUCAGCGUGACUGUCACCCUGCACAGCGUCACAGCUUCGCACGGAGCACUGAAGGAAAGUCCUGCCCUUGAGGAGAGACUGCUGACCCUGGACCAGCGGUCCUCAUCUGGAUAUGAUGUGUUUGAUGUGUCAGCUGUUCUGGCUCUGAAGCCUCUGGAGGUGGUGGGCUUUCAGCUGCGUUACACAGAUGAGAGCGGGAGUCUGGUCCUUCAUGAGGCUCUGACGCAGAGUCUGUACUGUCUGAACAGAGGGUCUCUGAGUGAACCCUUACUGGUGCUUUACCAAGCACACCCCCUUCAUGUCUAACUCUGUCACUGAGGCCACUGUAACUGUUAAACUGUGUUCUCUUAACACUAUAUUAAUCCACAGAUUAACAUAGAAUAUUAUGCUGAAUGCAAAGUGCUGAGGAAAUACUAUAGUGUAAUCCAGGGUUGUAACUUUGAGACAAAACUAUAACAGAAAUACCCUUCUUCUUUUAUUAUUUUAUAUGCAGUAUAUGUUUCAUUUUA